CAUCUCCCCUGUAUUCUCUCCUUCCUUUUAUCUUUACUGCAGACAAGAUCACCGUGCUUAUGAGAUGGCAGUCUUUCUGCUGCUGCUUGCCCUCAGACUGCUUCUUGUAGAGCCUUCAGAAAGCAGAAUGAAGGGGACCACAAAACAUUUUUCACAGAUGCAACCUUCUGCAAAACAGACUCUUCAGGAAUCAACAAACUCAAACCUGUCAGAUAAAAACACCAGCCUCAGCAAAUCCAAGCAUGUGAUGUCUGCUCCACCCCGAACAUCCAGAAGGCUAUCUUUUGUCAUCCCCAAGGGAAAUACUAUGAGAAAUGGCAGAAACUGUGUAAACACCCUGAGAGUCUGGAGAACGGACAUAGAUGUGAAUGAGUCGUGUCAGUUGGGCAAUAACUUUAUACAUGGCUCCACAGAUGUGGGACACGGAAUUCCCAAGGCCACCAGUGGGAAGUGUGAACAAACACCUAACCUAAGCAGCUGUGGGAGCCUAGGACUGGAGCGUACCAUGUACAAAGUCCUCGCAGGCCACCAGUGCCCCAGGGACCACGAGCACAGCAUAACCUCAUUAAAGAGAAUCUUGACAGUGCUGACAAGCCAUUCUCUGAUGAGCUGGUUAGUUAGUGGUUGUAAAAUGUAAGUCACAGGUUUUGAGACUAAAGGACAAGCUCAUGGUCAUUGUUACGUCUCUCC